AUGUUGUUAGGCUCAUUUCUCAGUGUCUUGCAACCACUCGUCAAUCUCUUAUUUCCAGACGGGUUUGCAUCUUCACAACGUCCAUUACCGAAACCACUAAACUUCGAACUUCGACACUUGCACGCCGUCACCUCCUCCGCUCAGGUAUAUUUCUCCGACAUCCCGCCAUCCUCACCAUACCGAACUGCGAACGCCAAUGACCCUCUAUCUCUUCAACCACGUCUCAUAACGCGACAUCGACCGUCCUCUUCCGACGCAUUCCAACUAUCGAGAACACGCUCGAUAAGGAAAGGAGAGAGCGAUGCGAGCUUGGGGUGGGAGGAGGACGAGGUGGAGGCACCGGAUGUAGAGAGUAGAGAGACUUUGCUUGUGCUUGCGAAGAUGACGAGUAAUGCAUAUUAUGAUGGACCAGAAGAGAAUGGGUGGUAUGAUUUAGGAGGGAAUUGGACAGCGUCUGCCCCGGUAGGGUGGGAACCUGAUCAAGAUGGCUUUCGCGGUCACAUAUUCGUGACGCCAGAUAACUCGACCGUCGUUCUCUCUAUCAAAGGGACCUCUGCUUCAUUUAGUGGUGGAGGAACAACGAAGAAGGACAAGCUGAAUGAUAACCUUCUAUUCAGCUGUUGUUGCGCCCGCGUUGAUUGGACCUGGACGACCGUGUGUGACUGCUAUAGGAGCGGAUGGAAAUGUGAGCAGACUUGUGUUGAGCAAGCUUUGAGUGACGAGUCGCUCUUCUAUGGAAUAGGAACGAACUUGUAUAACAAUAUUACCUACAUGUACCCCGACUCGAAUAUCUGGGUUAUCGGUCAUUCCCUCGGUGGUGCACUGGCUUCUUUGCUUGGAGUAACUUUUGGUGCUCCCGUCGUUGCAUUCGAAUCACCCGGAGAGAAAAUGGCUUCAACGAGACUGCAUCUUCCGUCACCGCCUUCAACACAACACAUCACGCAUGUGUACCAUAAUGCCGACCCGAUAGCGAUGGGAACCUGUAAUGGAGUUCUCUCCUCUUGUGCUCUAGGUGGAUACGCCAUGGAGUCUCAAUGCCACCUCGGCAAAGUAAUAGAAUACGACACCGUGUCUAAUCUCUCCUGGGCCGUCGACAUACGCACACAUACAAUUCUCACCGUGAUCGAGAAAGUAUUGAGCGACCCGUGGGCACCUGCGAUAGACGUUGGGAGGGAGGUUCCUGAAGCGAAGGUACAGGACGAUUGUGUCGUACGUCGAUCAGCUUUAUACCAAUUUUCUGUAGAUUAUGAGCGGAACGCUGACAGGUCUCGAACGUUUGAUAGGAGUGUUACAGCUGGGAGUUUGGUGACUAUGACGGAAAGAAGUGAAGGACCAUGA